AAAAGCAGAAACAGCGUGAAAACGUGUCCUUUAUGAGUUAGAAGUCCGAAUGUUCGAGGAGCACCUGAAAGCAGCACGAGGUGUUGUCAGUGUGGAAGCGUCAAGAUGGUGAAAUUUGGCCUCCAGUUUAAAGCCACCCUGGAGAAUGUCACCAACGUGAGGCCGUUGGGUGACGACUUCCGCUGGUUUCUGAAGUUGAAGUGUGGAAACUGUGGAGAAGUCCCAGAUAAAUGGCAGUAUGUGACCUUAGUGGAGAGUGUGCCUCUGAAAGGAGGCAGGGGCAGCGCCAGCAUGGUGCAGAAAUGUAAACUCUGUGCCAGGGAAAACUCAAUUGAUAUCCUGAGAGACACAAUCAUACCUUAUAACGCCGAGGACAGUGAACGCUUCAAGACGAUGGUGCAGUUUGAGUGUCGAGGUCUGGAGCCCAUUGACUUCCAACCACAAGCUGGCUUCGCUGCACAAGGAGCAGAGUCUGGAACACAGUUUCCUGAAAUCAACCUACAAGAGAAGGACUGGACAGACUACGAUGAGAAAGUCAGCGAGUCGGUGGGAAUAUAUGAAGUCACGCACCAGUUCAAAAAGUGCUGAUGUCAUCAUGUGAUGAGCCUCAGAGACGGGCGAAUGAACACUAUAGCUGAACAGGCCUCUCUCCUGGCAUCAAAGGAUGCUUCAGAUGCUGAGGUGGCGUGGUUUGGUUGAUGAUGAACAUUAUUGGGUGUAGAUGAACAACAGCAGUAUAACAUGUGCGACAACUGUGGGUUUUCCACUUUUUGCCACAGCAAAAUACAAAAAAA